UGUGUGUGUGUAUGUGUGUGGAGGAGACUUCUGUGGCCCGGCUUUGUGGCCGGGCUCAGUCCACACGGAGCGACCUGGCGGAUGCUGACUCGAGGUGGAGGCCAGACCCCCGCCACUCGAGUCAUGUCGGAUGUGCUUCAGGAUCGGGGCAAGAAGCGGUGAGCCCAAUUUCGUUCUGACGUUGAGUCGUGAGCGGCUCACACCCGCCCCGGCCCACACCACGGGCUCACGGACGUCCAGCUUGGCUCCAUGCCACACCUGGAGGAGACCAUGGAGCAGCAAGAUGAAGAGUCCCUGGAGCCCCUGCAGGCCUGUGUGGAGAACUUUGUCCUACCCCAAGAGAUGAUCAUUGAAGUGGAGGGAGAAGAUGCUGGGCCGCCGGACAUCAUGCCUCAGGAAAGCACAGACUUCAAGAUUGUGACUGUGGACCUUACGGAGGAGGGACAGAGCACGUGGAGCAAUGCCCAGAGAACCCCAGAGAGACCUGUGUUCCUGGAAGGCCACAGGGACCUGUGGGGAACACACCAUAGCACGAAGAUAAAGAUCAAAGAUCAACCUGCAGCACUGGCUCCCUGGCCAUGCACCUCGGGAGUCGUUCUCCAUGUUCUUGGAGAUGUUGCCCAGAGAAUUUAUCCUAGUAUUCUUGGACCAGACCUGGACCUGGCACUGCUGCAUGUCAGUCCUCUCUGCAGCCCCUGGAGAGACUUGCCAGGUGUACAUGAAACAGAAGAAACAACCUCAAAGCAGACAGUCUUCGAUGAAGAGCCGUCCCAUGGAUUGAAGUUAGAGGGGUUGGCAAGAGACCCUUGGCUGUCUUCAUGUGAAGUUCGUGACUGUAAGGAGCAGUUGGAGAAACAACAGGACAAGCAAGAGGAGGUGGCCUUUACCCAGGGUAGAGCUGGUCCUCCUGAUACUGUCUACAGGGGUCAUGACCUUGACAGGAGUUGCGUGAGUACCAGCCGGCCUUCAUUCCCGAUGAUACCCCUCAGAAAUCAUUUUCAUAAACAGGCAUCACAUGUUAAAAAGUUACAUCAAGGUGAUGUUGUUGCAAGCAGUCAGCAAAAGAUCAGCGACAACGUGGAUCUCCUUGAAGAUGACAAAUCUGGGAAAGUUCCGCAGAGCUUUCAUCCCACUCCGUUUAUAAGAACCUCACAAGGAGAUAAAGCCUAUGAAUAUAACGCUCGUGUUCAACCUUUUGGCCAAGGUGUGCCCCUAAAUCCAAACAAAAAAGUUCAUUUGGAAGGUAAAACCUUUGGUUUUAAAGGGCGCGGGCAAGUUUUGAACCAUAACAAAGCCCUCAAUGAGCAACAGAAGCUUCUUGUUAAAGAGGGCCAGUAUAAAUGUAGUAAAAACGCCCCAAGUCCGUCUCUUCCUCAAAACAUGAGAAACUACUCUGAGGAGAAACGCUUUGAAUGUAAGUACUGUGGCAAGUCCUUCAGCUGGAGCUCGCAUCUCAUUGCACACCAAAGAACCCAUACUGGGGAAAAGCCGUACAAAUGCAACCUGUGUGGGAAGUUCUUCACCCGGAGCUCACAUGUUGUUUCUCAUCAGAGGAUUCAUACUGGAGAGAAACCAUACAGGUGCAAUCUGUGUGGGAAGUCCUUUACCCAGAGGUAUGUUCUUGUGGUGCAUCAAAGAACUCACACUGGCGAGCGCCCUUAUGAAUGCACCCAGUGCGGGAAGUCGUUCCGCCAGAGCUACAAACUCAUCGCACAUCAAAGAACCCACACAGGAGAGAAGCCAUACGAAUGCACCCAGUGUGGGAAGUCUUUCAUCCAGAGUUACAAGCUCAUUGCGCAUCAGAAAAUUCAUUCUGGAGAAAAACCUUAUGAGUGCAGUCACUGUGGCAAGUCCUUCAGUCAAAGCUAUAAGCUUGUAGCACAUCAAAGGACUCACACAGGGGAGAAACCCUUUGAGUGCAAUUACUGUGGGAAGUCAUUCAGCUGGAGCUCCCAGCUGGUAUCUCAUCAAAGAACCCACACAGGAGAGAAACCUUACGAGUGUAACGAAUGUGGGAAAUCAUUCAAUCGUAGCUCACACCUUGUCAUGCAUCAGAGAACUCAUACUGGAGAGAAGCCGUAUCAGUGCAAGCAGUGCGGGAAAUCCUUCAGUCAGAGCUAUGUUCUUGUCGUCCAUCAGAGGACACACACUGGGGAAAAGCCUUACGAGUGCGGCCAGUGUGGGAAGACGUUCAGGCAGAGCUCCUGCUUUACUCAGCAUCAGAGGACUCACACUGGAGAGAAGCCCUACGAGUGUAAUCAGUGUGGGAAGACAUUCAGCCUAAGUGCCCGGCUUAUCGUCCACCAGCGAACCCACACUGGGGAGAAGCCCUACAAAUGCAGCCAGUGUGGGAAAGCCUUUAUUAGCAGUUCGAAGCGCAGUAGGCACCAGGCUACUCACAGCGAGGAGUCCUGUAAGUCCUAACCAGAGUCCAGGAGUCCUAAGCGAGGACUCCUGUCAGUCCAGUCCUCUCAAGUUAUGUCUGAAGGAAUGCACUUGGCAGGAAGUGACAGUAUGAGAAGAAUGCACACAGACCCUUUCUUUACCCCUGUGUUGAUGAUAGAAAGGAGUGAGGCUUUCAGUUUGACAGACGAGGAUGAGGCCUCUGGAGAAGAAAAGCCAGCAGGGGUGAUCUGAGAAGGCCACCUGCUGACUGGCAGAAGUCAUUUCCGGAAGCACUCCGUGUACAGAGAAGGCAGAAGCUAGACUUAGAAAAACUGAGUGUUAGAUCAAAUACUGCAAGCUUAGUGCAGAAGCCCUCUUGUUUGUGAGUUCUGGCCUGGUCCUUGAGAGCACAGCUUCUCUGUUGCAAAGCUGACACUCUGUAAAUUUAGUUCAGGAGGCACGUGUUCUAAAAUGCUCUUACUUAGGAAGGUAACUGCUGGCCACCAGCUUUGCUCUCCUGCUUCUGCCUCUUUGCCUUCAUGCUACUGGGUGGCUGAGCCACGACCUCCCACCGCAUCUCCCCAUGCAGAGUCUUUGUACCUAUUUACUUCAGGCAGACGAGCCAUUGGCUCCCUCAUUUAUGCAGGCUUAGCCAGUCAGGUUCCAGUCAUAGCCAAACGUAAGCUUGUUUGGAGCACCUACUGCCCUUCAAAGGGGCUGCUUUUCUAUCUCAAAGCUUUGCUUGCUCUUCUGUCCUCACUAGUCAUUCCGUGCCAUCAAGAGACAACAUCGGAGCCACUGCCUCAGAGUGACAGGUGGCCAUUGAGUUGUCAGGGCCCUAGUCCUCUAAACCAAGCUCAUCUGAGCCACAGAAUGGACUCCCUUGCCCUCAAAGCCCUCUACAGUAUUGCUGUGGAUGCUAGCCAUGAGCUACAUGUUUCAGGAAAUCCACAGGCAGGGUUAAGCUUGGACCAGCAUGGAGGGAAGCCCAUGCUAAAUGCCCAUCACUAGUGAUGGCUGAGUCAAGGAUUGUUCAAGACCAGCUUGUGCUACAUAGCAAGACUAUCUAGAAAGAAAGAAAGAGCGAGAGAGAAAGAAAGAUAGAUAGAUAGAUAGAUAGAUAGAUCAAGCUUGGCCCAUGUGUACUCCUGCAUACAUACUAAAUGUUGGUUCUUUUCCCUGAAGAAAGAAAGCACUCAGAUCCAAAUCUCAGAGAACCUAAAUCUAAAACCAAUGGCCUUUUCUAAAAAGACUUAAGUGAACCGUUGCCUGGUGGGUGUGCUGUGGUGACUUAGGCCUUCCAUUGGAUCAUUUGACUGUGUCAGUCUGCAUAGCUGCCUGAUUGGUAGUUUGUUACCUGUUUUGUACACUUCUAUUACAAGUGAAGAUUUUCUACAACUAAGGCAAAUGACCAGUUGAAAUGAAACACAUGUCAAGAGUAUAGAGACUCUCUGGAACCCCCUUGAGAAAAUGUUUAUGUAUAGCCUGAAGUUGAAAAGGGAUAAUAAUCUAUUUAUUGAUACUGUUGUUACCUCUCGGAGAUGCAUGUUGUGCUAUAACAUGGUACAGGAA